AUGGGCAUAAUGGGAAGCUGCUUCUCGUUUAUAUUGGGCUCAGUGUUCGGCAUCUACGUUGCCCAAAACUACAACAUCCCCAACAUCCAGAAGCUCUCCACUAAGGGCCUCUUGAUCGCCAAGCACAUCGAAGAGACUUACUGGAAGCUUAAGAAGAGAGACGACGAGAACCAGAACUAG